ACAUUCAUCUUCACGGAUGGGGAGGAUGAGGAGCUGAAGAAGCAAGCACGAAACGUCAUCAACACCAACUGCUCGGCCGCCCACAGCCGCCAGGCCCUGUCCUGCAAGAUGGCUGUGGAGUAUGACAAGUUCAUCGAGUCCGGCAGAAAGUGGUUCUGCCACGUGGAUGAUGACAACUACGUGAACGUGCGGACGCUGGUGAAGCUGCUCUCCAGCUACCCCCACACGCAGGACAUCUACAUCGGGAAGCCCAGCCUGGACCGGCCCAUCCAGGCUACGGAGAGAAUCAGCGAGAACAAGAUGCACCCUGUGCAUUUCUGGUUCGCCACGGGCGGAGCGGGGUUUUGUAUCAGCCGGGGGCUGGCGCUGAAGAUGAGCCCGUGGGCCAGCGGGGGCCAUUUCAUGAGCACAGCGGAGAAGAUCCGCCUGCCCGACGACUGCACCAUCGGCUACAUCAUUGAGUCCGUGCUGGGGGUGAAGCUCAUCCGGAGCAACCUCUUCCACUCGCACCUGGAGAACCUCCACCAGGUGCCGAAGACGGAGAUCCACAAGCAGGUGACACUAAGCUACGGCAUGUUUGAAAACAAGCGCAACUCCAUCCACAUGAAGGGAGCCUUCUCCGUUGAGGAGGACCCAUCCAGGUGA